CGCCCUCACCUGAAUGAGCAGGCAAUCUGACUGCUGCUUCAAGAAGCUUGCUCUCAUCAUACGUGCUAUUAGGGACCAGCCAUCCACCAUGAGGAGAUGUUGCAGAGGACUUUCCCAGAGGCAAGCUUUCCUGCUUCUGACUGUGUUGACACUGCUCUUGAUUCUGCUCUUUGUUGUUAAGGAUCCAAGGGCAAAAGAAUCCAGGCACCAGUUCAUACGGAACGAUGCCUCAAGUGUGCAGGAGAUUCAACUAAAGGCCGAACCCAAGGGACCCCUCAUGACACAGCCACCCAGAGUUCACAACAAGGAGACAACCUCUGUCAGGACAAAGGACCUGAAGAAACAGGAGAGAGAGGCAGCCCAAGGAGAUCAAGGAGAGGGGAAGGAGAAGAGGAAGUUGGAGACCAUAAGGCCGGCCCCAGAGAAUCCUCAGAGCAAGGCAGAGCCUGCUGCAAAGACGCCUGUGCCAGAACACCUGGACAACAAACCCAAAGCGACAGGAGCACUGCCAACAAGGAAGAGACCAUUGGCCACAGGAGCUUCACCAGCUAAGAAGAAAGUGCUCCAGGCUCCCAAAUCCCCUGCUUCUCCCCCACACCCCACCACACGAAGAGGCCAAAGGCUGAAGGCCUCCGACUUCAAGUCUGAGCCUCGGUGGGAUUUUGAGGAAGAAUAUAGCUUGGAUGUGGGCAGCCUGCGGACGAAAUGUUCUGGUUCUGUGAAGAUCAAGGCCUCCAAGUCACCAUGGCUACAGAAUAUCUUUCUGCCCAACAUCACUUUGUUCCUGGACUCUGGACGCUUCUCCCAGAGUGAGUGGAACCGUCUAGAGCACUUCGCUCCACCCUUUGGCUUCAUGGAACUCAAUCAGUCUCUGGUAGAGAAGGUGGUGACCCGCUUCCCUCCGGUUCGCCAGCAGCAGCUCCUCCUUGCCAGCCUCCCCACUGGGUACUCCACCUGUAUCACCUGUGCUGUAGUGGGCAAUGGGGGCAUCCUGAAUGAUUCACGUGUUGGCCAGGAGAUAGACAGCCANGACUAUGUUUUCCGACUGAGUGGAGCUGUUAUUAAAGGAUAUGAACAGGAUGUGGGGACCCGGACAUCCUUCUAUGGCUUCACUGCCUUCUCCCUGACUCAGUCCAUCCUCACUUUGGGUAGAAGAGGGUUCCAGCAUGUGCCUCUGGGGAAGGACGUCCGAUAUCUACACUUCCUGGAAGGCACCCGGGACUAUGAGUGGCUGGAAGCUAUGUUUUUGAAUCGGACCUUGGCAAAAACCCACCUUUCCUGGUUCAGGCAUAGGCCUCAGGAAGCCUUCCGGGACUCCUUGGACUUGGAUCGAUACUUGCUGCUACACCCAGACUUUCUCCGUUACAUGAAGAACAGGUUUCUGAGGUCAAAGACCCUGGACACUGCCCACUGGAGAAUAUACCGCCCCACCACUGGCGCCCUCCUGCUGCUUACGGCCCUUCAUCUCUGUGACAAGGUGAGUGCCUAUGGCUUCAUCACCGAAGGCCAUGAGCGCUUCUCUGACCACUACUAUGAUACAUCGUGGAAGCGGCUCAUCUUUUACAUCAACCAUGACUUCAGGUUAGAGAGAGCGGUCUGGAAGCGGCUUCAUGAUGAAGGCAUCAUCUGGCUCUACCAGCGCCCACAAAGUGACAAAGCAAAGAACUGACCAGGGCCUAGAUCAGGGGGUCCCCCUCGACCACUUACAACAGAAUGUAAGGGCUCCUCAAACGCU